CCGAGAGAUCUGCCGCUUGUGGAUGCUUCGCCAUGGCGACAGAGGAGAGCGAACCGCAGAUCCUCCCUGCAACGGAUAAUGACUCGCCAGCGACGGACGGUGCGCACACAGGCAGAUACGCCACACAUACAACCAACAGCAGAGCGUCCACUAGUGUGGUGUGUGUGUGUCCAUCAAUCAGUGGUGGAAGAGGCUGAGGUGGAGCCAGCGCCUCAGCCUCAGCCACAGGCAUCUCUGUUUGUUAUCGGCGGGUGUGACGAUCUGCGGCGGCACUCGUUCGACUGUGUGAGGCGGAGUGUGACGCCCUGGAUACAGGGAAAGGCCGACAGGAGGGAGGAGGAGAGCCCGAAAGGUAUACAUACUCCAUGGUGUGCACAGACACACAAGGACAGGACGGGUGUGUGAUAGCGUCUGUCACGUGAAGUGUGUUGGUCUGUGUACACUGAUGGAUCCAUGGGUGCAGGUGCAUCGUGCUAUGAGGCGCUGGCGCCGAUGGGAUGCCCGCGGCACGCGCAUGCCGUCUGUGUGGCCACUGGUACAGACAGAUACCCAGACAGACGUGAAUCUAGUGACUGUGGUUCAUAUUCGCUGGGUGGCCUGCAGAUGAGGAGAUCUUCGUGAUUGGCGGCCACGACGGCAAGAACCUCCUGCGGUAUGCAUUGCAUGGCUGACUCACACACAUGGAUGGCAUGGCAUGGGCACACAUGUUAUGCUUCCCACACCAUACCAUGUCUGUCUGUGUGUCGACAGGUCAGCGGAGAAGUUCGUGAUAUCGGAGCAGAAAUGGGUGGCGCUGCCGAACCUACACUUCCAGAGGGCAUUCCUCGGUCAGUCAGCCGAUCACACGUGUCCACCGUCAAUCCAAAGGUAUGUGUGUUUGUGCAGGGUGCGCGUGCGUCAAGGGUCAGCACGUGCUGGCCAUUGGCGGCCAGGGCGAGAAGAGCGGUACGUGCGGGGCGCCCACUCACACACACACACACACAUACAAACGCCCUUCGCAUCGCAAUCUGUGUUGGUGUGUGUGGAUCUUUCCAGUGCUCAAGUCGGUUGAGCUGUACAACCCGGCGGCCAACACGUGGCGCGCCCUGCCCCCCAUGAGCGAACCCAGACACUCGUGCUCUACCGCCGUCAUCGGUCAGGGCAUGCAACACACACAUAUGGAUCCAUGUGUCUUUAAAGAUGCAUGUGUGCGGACAUGUAUGUGUGUGUGUCGACAGGUCAGCGUGUGUACGUGUUCGGGGGCCGUGACGAGGCGGGCAACCACGGCAAAGUGCACAAGAGCUGUGAGAUGCUCGAGCUGCCCGCCACACCAGGUCAGGCACAAACCAGAACACCCAUUUCUGGUGAGCAUACGGUCAUCUGCAUGUAUGUGUGUGUGUGUGUGUGUGUUUCCGUAGGUGCGGGUGGUGUCAAGCCGUGGCGUCAGUUGCGCCCGAUGAAGCAGGCGCGGAGCGGCGCCACUGCUGUCGCAUUCAAGGGGCGGGUCUUCGUCAUUGGUACGCAUAGAUACGAGCAGUGGAAAGGCAAUGGAUGCACUGGGGACAUCCGCGUGUGUGAGCUGUGCUGUGGUGUGAGUGCAGGUGGGACCACAGGCGUGAAGCCGCUGCAGUCGGUGGAGAUCUAUGACCCCAAGGCAAACACCUGGCAGACAGGUACGCAUCCCACCCACCGAUUCAGCAUCUAGCAUGCACCUUCAUGGGACUGCACACACAUCCAUGUGGGUAAUGGUGGGUGGCAGGUCCCCCCCUGAACUCUGCGCGUGCGUGGCACUCGGCCUUCGUGUGGCGUGACCAGAUUGUCGUGUUUGGGGGGCAGGAACCGACCGCACAGGUGCGGACACAUCCAUCCAUCCAUCCAUCCCUGCCUACCUGUCGUGUCGGUGCGUCUGUGUGUGUGUCCGCCGACAGUACAUAGUUGACACGGUCGAGGUGCUGGAUCCCACCCCCAUCCUGGAAGGCGUCACCACACCCAGCCCUCCUGUUAUGCCAGUGAGCCCCCCCUCCCGACACACACAGACACUCUCAGAGGCAGGGACACGUGUGCAUGCUGCUGGUGUGUGUGUGUGCAGGUGUUCCCCCGUUCAAUAGCCCCUUCAGGUGCGUCUUCCUCCUCGGCUUUGUCUAAGCAGCAGCAGCAACCGCCCGGCGACACGUGUGUGUGGCGUGUGGUGGGGUCGACUGGCCUCAAGGACGCCUGGAUGUACGUCGCUGUGCCCGUCGCCAUGCCACAAGAGGUGGGUGCACUCCCCACCCACCCACACAGACACACAGACACACAGAUGGGUGGGCACGGCACAUGUGUGUGCAUGUGUCUGCAGGCUGAGCCAGAGGUAGAAGUGUCCCCUCCCUCCUCGUCUGCUGCUGUCGCUGUUGCUGUUGCUGCUGGGACCGCUGCAAGUGCGCCAUCACGGCGGUCCGCACCAAGUCAACACAACGCACAGGAGCAGGCUGCUGACGCUGGUAACUAACUGGUCACAUAGGCACACACGUCUGCUGGGGCGCAUUCAUGAGUGCGGGGAUGGAUGGAUGGCAGGUGAGUCUGGUGUGAUAUCCCUGACGGCCCAGUGUGCCAACCGCCAGUCGUCGGUGGUGCAGCCGCACCAGUCAUCCAGCGCCCCUGACUCCGUCAACAUCUCCCCAUCGGCUUCGGCUGCAAGUCAGUACCCACCCACAGAACCACACCCCACACGCCAUCCACCCAUUCACACGUGUGUGUGUGUGGCUGUGUGUGUGUUUGUGUAGCAGCCAAUGGGCGGCCGGAUGAGCCCCGGGAGAUGGGGUCGUUCUCGUCUCUCGAGCGUCCGAAGAUGCGCACGCUGCUGCCGAUGGACGUCUUGGCCGCCAACAAGAUGCAGCAGAGGGAAGGCAGGUACCCACCGACGCAUGGAUGGAUGGAUGGAUGCCUGAAUGAGCGCGUGUGUGGAUAUCCGUGUGUGUGUGCUAGGGGUGACAAUGGCGCCGAUAAGAUUGUGCACGCGCACCUUGAUGCCGACGAUGAAGACGGCGACCAGGUAGAUUGAAUGGGUGGAUCCGUGUGGUGUGCGCACAUGCGUGGGUUUCGUGUGGGGGAUAUAUGUGUGUGAAUGUGCAGAGUUCCGGGCGCAAGCGCGCGCAGCCCACCGAGAACGACCCCCUCGAGUGGUUUCAAUCAUGACUGACGAGACGAGCUGCCUGCCUUUCUCUCUGUCUUUUUUCUCCUUUGGCCGGCUCUCGGUUGGUUGAUUCGGGUGGUGUGGUUGGUGUGUUGUGAUUGGUGUUGGUGGUGUCGAUGCUCUCUGCUCUCUGCUCUCGGUUCUCCGCUACCAUGACACCCCCAUGCAUGUGUGUGGGUGUGUGUGGGAGAAUGAGAGUGAGCGUGUUCUUUUCGUAAGCAAGCCCUAGGAAGGCAGCCAAGGGUUGAGACGAGACGAGGUGGGAUGGUGUUGUCAGUUUAAUCGAGACGAGCCGAAUCGAAUCGAGUCGAACAAACCAACACAUUGCAGCUAGAGGGAGCGAAGUUGAGCGACAACACACAGCAGGUUUCUUCGUGUCUGUCCUUUGUUGGUCUGUCCGCCCGUCUCUGCCUGCCUGCCUGCCUGUCUGUGCGAGAGCCAGUGUGUGUAUGUUUCCAAUGGACGACGAACCGACCGUUUUAUCCAAUACUAAUAAUACCGAC